GGGUAGACACGGCGGAAGGGAUCAUGAUAAGGGGAGUCAUUUUUGGUUUUUUGCCUUUAUCACACAUUAGCAUUUUAAUUACGUAUUCACUUAUAUCGCAGCCUACUGACAAAAAGCGAGGAACAUUGUAAAUAUUCGCUGGGGAGUUUUGCUCACUGGUGAGCAAUUUCGACAGAUGGGCUAGCCCAUAUGUGUUUCUAUGGCGACAGGGACGCUAAUGAAUGCUGUGCCGGGAUCUGAAUUCGGAUAAUCCCAUGGCGCAAAGGUAACAAUCCAUGCCAGACAGUCCGUAAGCAGCCAAUAGCGAUCACGUCAUAUAUAACUGCAAUCUCUCUAUCAUUUGGUGAGAAGAUGGACUGGAUAAAUCGUCUUAGUUGUUCCAUGGCACCGUAUGAGGAAGAGCUUACAAAGGGAUAUUUGGAUAUUUAUCAAAGCAAAGAGAGUGCACGGAAGGAAAUAACUGAAUCACCAGCCUGUUUUUUGAUUGGCUCUAUAGAAAGUGUAAACCAAAGGAUUGCUCAUCUGGAUAUGAAGACAAAUAAAUGUAACAGUGAGGAUUUGGGAUCUAGAGGCUUCUCCUCACUAGUUUAUGAUGCACAAGGAAAACCACUGAAAGCAGAGCAGAAGCAAAACAAAAUAGAAAGUGAACAGAAAGUGUUAGAGAAAUUCACUCACAGAUAUGAGCACCUCUUUCUUGAACAUCACCAAGAAACACAAGAUAUUAGCAAAAAAAUGUUAAAGUCAACACCCAGAAUGGUAGAGCUGUAUCAGUUUUCUGGACGUUCAGAUGCCGGUCCCACCCCACUUCCUUAUGGAAUUGCUCUGGAUACCAUUAUUGACAGGGUGGUUUCAGCCCAUGAAAACACUGGUGGCAAGAUAUGCUCACCAAAGGAGGUCCGCCGGAAUCUUAGUUCACUUGUAACCAAGGAGAUGAUAUUGGACUGCUUUUGGUGGAUUUAUCUCCACAAAUAUAAGCCAGACACUGAGUGCCAAAAACAGUUGUUUGACCGUGUGGCUGAGAAUUAUAUCAAACUUCUUGGAGUUACCUUUGACCAGCAUCAUGGGGAGGCGUUUCUCAAGGUCUUCCCAUCAGUGUUGAGUCAAGCAAUAUACAGCAGCUUCUGCUUCUCCUUUCCCCAAUCCUUGUAUCGGUUCCAGACAGAUGACUUCAGAACGCAGCUAUGUAACCUCCUCUGGCAAUGGAUCGGAGGCAUAUCUCCCAGUCCAGGAUGCUACAAAACAUGGGACUUUCAUAUUUUGGAGCCAGAGGUUGACAUGGUUCAUGGGAAGCAGAAGCAAGUUUCAGAUAUUAUUAAUGGAGAAGGGAAAACACAGGGAGGAUUUGUUACAAGUACACAAACGAGAAUACACAGAGUAACAAAAGAGUCUCAUCCUGCCUGCUGUGGGCCAGCUUUUACACACAAACUCUUCAGUCUGAGUGGGCACAGUCCCCUGGUUCAGUAUUACCUGCAGGAAAACAACAGCAAGCCACGAACUGGAAUAAACAUACUGGUACAUCGAACCGAGAUAAAAAAACAGGUUAUAUCUUCCAUGACCUACGCUGAGCUCAUCAAACAGGGGUUCCAGCGCCUACAUAAGCAGGAAAUUGAAGUGAACACCAAAUUCAGGAAGAGGUGGAAAGAAAGCUUGGAAUUUGAUAGGAGCUUACAAAAUGCUAAGAGAGAAUUUCUCAAGAAUGAGAAGCAGAUUUUGUCUCACAAAGCCGAAGUGAAGAGGAUUAGCCAACAGAUAUUUUCUGACACCAAAUCUUCAAAUGACCAAGAAGAGAACCGAAAGCUGUAAUGUCACGCUGCAUGAACUGCCCAAGAAGAGCAAUAAAUAAAGGGGGGAAUUUACCUUAAUUUCUUUUCACAAUUUGUAUUUUUUUGCACAAAAAUACAAUUUUGUUGAGAAAAAAAACCAUUUUUUUUGCCCAUUUAUUAUGCAACAAAACUGUGACAAAUCCAAAAGAAAAAAUACACCAUUUAAAAGCUGUCGAAAACAUGUAGAACUAAAUGGCAGGUUUUUUUUUACAACUGGAAGAUCUUUUUUAUUUUGCUUUGUGAUUUUAGAGCUUUUUGGGUUUUUUGACUCUUUCAUUUGUAAGGCAGUAUGAAAAAGUAGCGGUUUUCUCAUUUUUCUCCAUCUUUUUUUUAUUUGUGCUUUUUUUCAUUUGGAUCUUUUAAUAAAUGACUAAACAUUCAUGGUUUUCGUGGAAAGAGUUUAGUUGUGGUUUCAAAAAACUCUAAAACCUCAAAAAUCUGAAUGUUGAUAAAUCUGUCCCAUAGUCACAAUUUUCCGCUUUUUUAAAAAAAAAAAUGCUCACUAAAGCUUUGGGAUACAAGGCUUCAUGGCCAACAUAAAUCAUCUGUUAAUAGUGUUCACUCAUAUGAAAAGCAGUAAUCAAACUAAUUUUCAUCAGAAAAUUAAAUCACAUACAGAGGCUACAAAACCCCAUGAUUAGUGGUGGCCCUGGUGAGCUCAGUUGGAAAAAUUAUAGUGAAAAAUGGUAAAAUGGCUUCAUUUUACAAAAAAAUGCCUUCCAGUUCAAGUCCUAGGAGAAUUCCUGUUUUAUUUAGAAAGAAACUUUGCAUAAAAUUUGGUUUACAAAAUUUAUAAUUGAGCAGAAAAACUAUACCCCCAGAAUGAAUAUCUAACUAACAGAUAGUUUAUAUCAUAUUAAGCUCCUAUUAAAGAAGCUUACCUAUUUGGAUUAUAUAUAUAUGUAUAUAUAUCUCAGUAAAUAUUGCAAUUUUACAUCCUU